ACAACCAUCCGAUCACAAAGUUGGAGCCAAGUCUCCUUCAAAAAUUUAACAAAAAAGUCCCAGCCGUUAGAAUCUAAACAUUCACCCCAAAAUGCUAUCUUGUCUCAUCCCAAUUUUUCAGGUUUUUCAGUUGGUUUUUGCUGCCGUUGCAUCUGCAGUCUUGUUCGCGUUUGCGGGUCUAACCCUCGCCGGCUCAAUCGUGGCAUUAAUCGUAGCCACACCGCUUUUUGUUAUAUUCAGUCCGGUUCUUGUACCAGCAACUAUAGCUACCACUCUCCUAGCCACCAAUCUCUCGGCCGGUGCAUUCUUCGGAGUGACGGCGAUUGCUCUCAUGAUUUGGCUCCUUAAGCAUAGAAUGGGAGUCAAACCGAAGGAUAAUCCACCUCCAGCAGGAGCUCCACCGACCGCAGCAGGUAAACCGGGAGAGACGGAUAAACCGGCUGGAGGGCCAGCAGAUAAACCGGCUGGAGGGCCAGCAGAUAAACCGGCUGGAGGGCCAGCAGAUAAACCGGCUGGAGGGCCAGCAGAUAAACCGGGCGGAGGGCCAACGGAUAAACCGGGCGGAGGGCCAACUGAUAAACCGGCCGGAGCAACCGGCCGGAGCAACCGGAGGACCAACAGAUAAACCGGCUGGAGCAUCAACCGAUAAACCGGCUGGCGCGCCAACAGAUAAACCGGCCGGAGAGAAUA